AUGGAACAAACAUUGGAAGAAGUAGGUGAAGAAUACUUGGAAGAGCUGAUUGAUACAUGCAUGGUUCAGGUGGACAAAAGGGACCAUACAAGAAUAGGUGUCAAAACAUGUCGCAUGCAUGAUUUUGUGCGAGAUUUAUGCAUAAUAAAGGCCAGAGAGGAAACGUCUGCCCAGAUUAUCCAACAGCAGCAUGAGAGCAAUACGUCAAUCAAUAUUGGUUCUGCAGCUUCAUCUGAGCACUUGGGUAAUAGUAAUUCCCGAAGACUUGUUCUUCAUCCUGGCGGUGAAAAGCCACUUUUUUGGAAUACAUGUUUCCAAUCCAUCUUAGGUGGAACAGGACAUGCCAAUCUUCAUUCUCUUUUGUGUUUGGGAGGCAUUCUUUGUUUAUCAGCUUUAAAAUUAAGCAAUUUUGGAAUGUUAAGAGUGUAUGAACUUCAUGUUGCUGAUAAAUCUAAUGAUGGAAGGACUAUAGUACUUCGAUGUAGAGGUUUGAAAGGGAAGAUAUUAGAAGGAAGGCGUUCUUUUCUGCAAUUUCUUCCACCAAGCCUUACCAAAGUGACUCUAUGGAUGUCUCACAUGGAGCAGGAUCCAAUGCCAAUGAUUAAGAAGCUACCAAAUUUAAGGUUUCUUUGUGUUAGUAAUGAUGCAUAUCUUGGUUCUAAAAUGGUUUGCUCUGCCCAUGUAUUUCCAAAAAUAGAGACUCUUAUAGUCAAUGAGUUGGUGUAUGUAAGAUAUUGGACAAUAGAGAGUGGUCCAAUGCCGAGUCUUAAGAAACUAAGCAUUGAGAAAGUUUAUAGAUUAGAGAAGAUUCCAAUAGGGUUAGAAUUUGUGACUUCACUCAAAGAAUUGAAAAUUCGUUGGAUGAACAACUCAUUCUGCAAUAAGCUUAAAGUCAUACAUGGAAUUGAUUACUACAAAGUUGGAUACAUACCCUCUAUCUCGAUAAGAUAA